AUGGCAAGUAGAAACUAUGUAAACACUCUACCACCAGUUUUUAUGAAUGAGAACCAGUUGCAAUACCAGACAAACACACAAUCUAAUCAGCUUCACUUGCUUGGAAACAUGGGAGGUGGGUGCACUGUUGAUCCAGUAAACUAUUUUUCUAACGAGAAUCUCCUUCCAAUGAUUCGGUCUAACAAAAGAGGAAGGGAAGCUGAAAGCAUUACUAACAUCCAAAGACAACAUAAGCUUCAUAACAAUUAUACUCUUCAAGAAGAAGCCCCCAAGGAGAAUCUAGUCUCCACUG